CUUUUUCUCCCCUUCAGCCGGAAAUGAGCCUAGCCAUCACUGACGCCUCCACCUGAGAAAUUGGUAAGAGAACUUGAUGAUUUUUGUUCUCUUCUUGUUCAAGAACAAGUCUAGGACUUAGAAAUCUUCCCCCUUGCAGAAAAUUCCCCAGAUCCGCUGUCUUCUUCCUCCCCUGCCGCCGGUUGCUGCUGGGUGUGAGCUUCGGUUUUCCUGUCCCCGCGAAAGCCUCCAAUUUUUUCGCCAGCUCUUCCCCAUACCCGCCAGCUCCAGCCUUGCUUGCUGAGGAUUUCUGGUAGGUUGGCUUCUCUAAUUUCUGAAAAAUUGGUUGAUUAAUUACUACCUUGUUGAGCUUAAUUGGUUGUAUGGGUGCUUGGGUUGUCCGAAAAUCUGCUGGAAGUGGGGGAUGAAUUUUGGCAGCCAUGAAAUGAGUUUUUAAGUCUAAUUAUAUCUGCUGCUGCUGCUACAAAUCUGCUACUGCUGCUGCUACAAAUCUGCUGCUGCUACAAAUCUGCUGCUACUGCUGCUACAGAUUUGCUGCUGCUGCUAGAGAUCUGCUAUUGAAACUGCUGUCGAUCUGCUGCUGGAGCCUGGAGUUGCUGUCAAUCUGCUGCUGAAGCCUAGAGUUGCUGUCGAAGCUGCAGUAUCCCAUCAUCCUCACUCACUAUAUGUUUGAUGCACACCUCAUUAAUUUUUACUUAUUUUUUAUGUAAAAAAUAUGUAUUUUGAUGUUAAUUGGCGAGGAAUGGGGAUCCCCGCGGGAAUCCCCGUUCCCUGCAGGGAAUGGGGAUGGGGGGCAAAAUUUGCCCCUCGUCAAAAAUCCCCUCGGGGAUCCCCGUCCCCGUCAUUUGCGGGGACGAGGAUGGGGAAGGAGUCCCCGACCCCGCGGGGCCCCGUUGACAUCCCUACCUGUGACCCUAGCACUUGGUUAAGCCUUCUGUCCUGUGCGAUUAAGACGGCCCCAAAAUGGCGUGGGCGCCCAAGGGGUGGUCGUAAGGAUCAGGGCACUCCUCCGAUCCCAGAUGCUAGUCCCCCUGCCCAAGCUGCUCCACAAGAGGGAAGGACGAGUAAUCCUCAGAUAGCCACUUUUGUUCAGGAACUUAUGGCAGAGAUAAGACGCCAAGCAUCUCCUACCACAAGUGUGCCACCUCCAUCCCCAGUGGUUUCCACUCCUACGACCCCUGCUCCAAUUUCCCCUGUUCCUAUUUCUUUUGCUCUUGCGGUGUCUAGCUGGAAGGUCUAUACAGAAUUCCAGAAGGUGGUGACCAAGAGAUUCGAUGGUACCGCGGGUUUUGAGCAGGUGGGUUAUAUGCUUACUAGUGAAGCAUUAACUUGGUGGGAGAAUUAUCUGAAGCUACACCAAGGAGAGCUUGAAUUGAGCACCUGGGAUGGCUUUAAAAAGGUGUUCAUGCAAGAGUACAUACCAGAUAGCAAAAGGUGGGAACUGCAAAGGGAAUUUUCAGAUCUAAAUUUAGGGUCGGGUACUGUUGAGCAAUACAAGAAGGAGUUUGACCGCUAUCUGCCUUUUGUGGGUAGUCAGGUUGGGGAUGAGCUAGCCAAGGCUGAUAAAUUUUUAUGGGGCUUGAAUCGCGAUAUUUAUCUAACAGUGAAUCAAUUCAAACCCGCCACUUAUAGAGAGGCUGCGGACAGAGCCAUAGAUCAAGAAAAGGCUAUGGCUAGAGUCAAGUCCUCAAGACAGCACAAUGCUAGGUCAUCCCUUGGGAAGAGAAAAUUUGAUGGGAGCCGUAGGUCCCUUGUCCUUGCACCACCUAAGUCUGAGGUCAACAAGGGUUCUAAAGGGCUAGGAGCCACCAAGAUUGCACACCCAAGAUCAGUGCCACACCGUUACUGGGGCUUGCUUCAAAUGUGGCAAGCAGGGACAUCGGAUUGCAAAUUGUCCACUGCUAGACCCCAAAGCUCAGAGUACUCAACCUACCUCUCCGUAGAGUUCUACCAGUCAAGGGGCACAGAAACAGAGUACCGGGGUACCUUACCUGUUAACUCUGAUUAUGCACAUGUUUUAUUUGAUUCGGGUGCAUCGCACUCCUUUAUUGCCCGAUCUUAUGCUUUGAAACGAGCUUUGCCUAUUGAUACCUCUGAUCUUAAACUGCAUGUGGACACCCCUUUAGGAGGGGUGAUGACUACUAGGGAGGUGUGUAGGACUGUGGAUACUUACAUGGAUGGUAGACAGUUGAGUGCUAGCUUGUUUGUUUUAGAUAUCUCUGAUUUUGAUAUCAUUUUGGGGAUGGAUUGGUUGUCAAAACAUUUUGCCUCUAUAGAUUGCCAUCGGAAAUGGGUAAUUUUUAAUAUCCCUGGUGAGCCAGAAUUUAGUUUCCAAGGCAGUGGUUCUUUUGCUCCACCCAUGCUAAUAUCUGCCUUGCAGGCUCAAAAAUAUCUUGUAAAUGGUUGCCAGGGUUUCCUAGUUUCCGUCACUGAUGCUAGUAGUGUGACAUCGAGACUAGAAGACAUACCGGUGGUGCGUGAGUUUCCAAAUGUAUUUUCGAAGGAUCUCCCAGGUUUACCUCCGGAUAGGGAGCUUGAAUUUGCUAUUGACCUUGUUCCUGGCAUCGGACCUUUUUCCAAAGCACCAUACCGUAUGGCUCCUGUAGAAUUGGAGUUAAAGGUCCAGCUGGAGGAACUCCUUGAAAAAGGGUUUAUACACCUUAGUGUGUCACCUUGGGGAGCUCCAGUGUUGUUCGUUAAGAAGAAGGAUGGGAGCAUGAGGCUAUGCAUUGAUUACCGGGAAUUGAAUAAGAUUAAACCUGAUGAUGUGCCAAAGACUGCCUUCCGUACCCGUUAUGGUCAUUAUGAAUUCAUACUCAUGCCAUUUGGCUUGACAAAUGCCCCUGCCAGAUUUAUGGAUUUGAUGAAUCGGGUGUUUAGUAAGUACCUAUAUAAGUUUGUGGUUGUCUUCAUUGAUGACAUCCUGAUCUACUCUUCUAGCCAUACUCUUCAUGAAAAGCACUUAAGGACAGUCCUCGAGACAUUGAGAAGUGAGAAGCUGUUUGCUAAAUUUAAGAAGUGUGAAUUUUGGCUAGACAAUGUUGCAUUCCUAAGUCACGUUGUCACUAAGGAUGGAAUCUCGGUUGAUCCCCAGAAGAUUGAGGCCGUGGUUGAUUGGAAAAGGCCGAAUAGUGUUGCAGAAAUCCGUAGUUUUCUGGGAUUGGCUGGUUAUUACCGCCGAUUUGUGGGGGAUUUCUCUAGAAUUGCGUUGCCAAUGACUCGUCUUAUCAAGAAGGACACCAAGUUUAAGUGGACUCCAGAGUGUGAGAAGAGCUUUUUGACCCUUAAGGAGAAGUUGGUCACUACUCCUAUACUUGCACUCCCAAUCAAUGGGGAAGGAUUCACUAUAUAUAGUGAUACCUCUAAAAAGGGUUUGGGAUGUGUCUUGAUGCAAAAAGAUAGGAUUAUUGCAUAUGCUUCUCGGCAGUUAAAGCCUUAUGAAGAAAAUUACCCUACCCAUGAUCUGGAAUUGGCAGCUGACUAUGACUUGACCAUUAGCUACCAUUCGAGCAAAGCUAACAAAGUAGCAGAUGCGUUGAGUAGGAAGUCCUCUGGCGCUGCCUCUAGCAUCCUUGCCACUCAAAAGGAGUUACUUGAGGAUCUUGUAAAACUGGAUGUGGAGUUGUGUGUACUAAGAGAUCAUGCUUUAAGGCGUGAGAUUAUGGGAGAUGCCUAUUAUACUAGCUAUACAAUUCACCCAGAUGGCACCAAGAUGUAUUGUGAUUUGUGUAGUACAUUUUGGUGGCGGAACAUGAAGAGAGAGAUAGCUAGAUUUGUCUCACAAUGCCUGACUUGCCAAAAAGUCAAGGCCGAACACCAAAGACUUCCUGGGAAAUUGCAGCCUUUACCUAUUCCCCAGUGGAAGUGGGAAAACAUCACCAUGGACUUUGUGACUGGUUUACCACGAACCUUAAAGGGUAAUGAUUCCAUAUGGGUCAUCGUUGAUCGAUUGACCAAAUCAACUCACUUCUUACCCUACCAGACUGGCACUUCCAUUGAGAAGCUUGCCAAUAUGUAUAUGGAUGAGAUAGUCAAGCUGCAUGGAGUCCCUGUGUCUAUUGUGUCGGAUAGAGAUACCAGAUUUCUAUCUCAUUUCUGGACAAGCUUGCAGCAGGCACUUGAUUGGAAGGGUUCGUGGGAUCAACACUUAUCCAUGGCUGAGUUUGCAUAUAAUAAUAGUUAUCAAUCUAGCAUCUGCAUGGCACUAUUUGAGGCUUUGUAUGGUCGAAGGCAGCAAAGCUAUGCGGAUAGAAGGAGACGAGACCUUGAGUUUGAAGUUGGUGACCAUGUAUUUUUGAAGGUGUCACCCACUCAAGGUGUCCUCAGGUUUGGCAUCCGGGGAAAAUUGAGUCCGAGGUAUAUUGGACCAUAUCCUAUCUUGGAAAGGAUUGGCAAGGUAGCUUAUAGAUUGGAGUUGCUUGGAAAUUUAGCGGGUCUGCAUGAUGUGUUUCACGUGUCCUUACUUUGGAAGUAUGUUCCCAACUCGAGUCACAUCAUUAAUCCCGAACCAAUUCAACUCCGAGAGGAUCUCACUUACGAUGAGCACCCGAUCCGCAUUUUAGAUUUCAAGGAGAGGAUAAUGCAGAGAAGGACCAUUCGUUUUGUUAAGGUCCUCUGAGAUAACCAUUCGGUUGAAGAAGCUACUUGGGAGUUCGAAUCCAAGAUGAGGCAGGAACAUCCGCACCUUUUCCAAGAUUGAGCCAUUUUCGUGUGUCUGCUCUAUCUCUUUUUCUCCCCUGCAGCCAGAAAUGAGCCCAGCCAUCACCGACGCCUCCACUUGAGAAAUUGGUAAGAGAACUUGAUGCUUUUUGUUCUCUUCUUGUUCAAGAACAAGUCUAGGACUUAGAAAUCUUCCCCCUUGCAGAAAAUUCCCCAAAUCUGCUGUCUUCUUCCUCCCCUGCCGCCGGUUGCUGCUGGGUGUGAGCUUCGGUUUUCCUAGUAAAAAUUAGCCAUGAAACUCCUCUUUUCAGCCUUGAUGUAUGUGGGUUCACUCUAAUUUUCAUUUCUUUCAAUUGCUAGUAGUCCCCACGAAAGCCUCCAAUUUUUCCGCUAGCUCUUCCCCAUACUCGCCAGCUCCAGCCUUGCUUGCUGAGGAUUUCUGGUAGUGAGACCCGAUGCAUGGGGAGCCCGGGGAAAUGACGAGCUAAACGGCUAGGCACUAUUUGGACUUACGUUUUUUUUUUUUUUUUUUUUUUUGUAGUUAGGCCGCUAGUCACCCAUGUUGACUUAGAAAUUUUUGUACACAGAACUCCCUUAGUUACAGUCAUGAUUGUAUCAAUGAAGUUAUAAACCUUUGUACAUUUU